AUGUCGAAUAUGGACAUUUCUCAGCUUAUCAAGUCCAUUGAUCUCGUCACUUCUUCCGGUAGCCUCGAGACUGCGGACCCGCAGCAGCUAGCUCAGCUUUCUCAGGCUUGUGAUCGAUUGAAAAGUCGUUGUGAAACUCCUCUGGAUAAGACACUGAGGCUCUCUUAUACGUGCCACCAAGCCAUCACAGUUCGUCUUGCUGUAGAUCUUAAGCUCUUUGAUGCUAUAAUUAAGCGGGCUUCUGAAAGCGAAGAUGGGAAAGUACGCGUUGGUCAGCUCUCUGAAGAUGUCAAAGCGGAUCCAAAGCUAGUUGGAAGGAUUAUGAGGGCACUUGUGCCUUUGGAUAUUCUCAAACAACACACCUCUGAUACCUUCUCAUCCACGCGAUUCACAUCGUCCUAUGUUUCGUCGUUCUGGAUGUCUGGAGCGAUAAUAUUCUUCACUCAUAUGUUUCUUUUCAUCGCCCAGUUACCCGAAUAUUUCAAAGAGAAAGGAUGGAAGAAUCCAGAUGAUCAUGAUGACUGCCCAUGGAACUUCGUACUUGGGUCCAAGCGUGGAUAUUUUGAUUACAUGGCGUCGAAGCCUUAUUACCAAAACGCUUUCGACACAGUCAUGGCAUCCCCCUACCGUCGGGACGAGAAGAGCUGGGUGGAUUUCUUCCCAGUUGAGAAGAAGCUACAGGUUCAGAGCCCCUCCGAGGUUCUUCUAGUGGAUGUCGGAGGUGGUCGGGGUAAAGAUCUCGCGGCCUUCCGCGAAAGGUUCCCCAACUUGCCGGGAAGACUUAUUCUGCAGGAUCUGUCUCAUGUGACGGAGACCGCAGAAAGCUCCAUGGAAAUCGAGACUCAGGUUCACAAUUUCUUUGAUGAGCAGCCUGUUAAAGGAGCAAAGGCGUACUAUCUCCGCACCGUUCUCCACGACUGGCCAGACAAGCAGGCCGUGGAGAUUUUAUCGAGGCUUCGUGAGGCAAUGAGUCCCGACUCUUUGCUCUUGAUUCACGAGAAGGCCAUGCCGGAGACCAACAUUCCAUGGAUGGCUGCAAUUGGUGAUAUGACUAUGAUGACUGCUUUCGCAGCAGCGGAGCGAACCAAGAAUGAAUGGGAGAUUCUGCUCAACAAAGCUGGGCUGAAGCUCAAUGGGUUUUGGAAACCCGAGGGCUCUGAUGCGCAGCAACAAGUCAUCAUAGAGGGUGCAGUCCAUUCAUGUGAAUAUUGUUAG